UUGACUGGCUAUUCUUAUCUACUUUAUUCGCAAUUCCUAAUAGAUUCAAAAAUAAGUCUCGAACUGAAGUAUGAGUUCAAGGGAUCAACUUGGCUUCUUUAUUGUCAACGCUUUUGUGUUUUGUUGGCUGCUUUUGAACUAAUAAUUGUAAUUCUAUCGAAAAACCUGAAGAAGUUUCAAUUUCGAGAAAGGGAAUUCGGAAUUGUUUCCGUACCCCGCUGCUAAAUACGCCACAGUUUAGCCUAAUUAGCACCUCUAUGGAUAUUCGGGCACCCAAAACGACCAUGUUUUAGCCCUAUAUCGUAACUUAACUCUGCAUUUUCAAUAGUUCAACAGCAAUUUAUCACCUUCAAAUGUUCUCUUACUUCAUUCAAAUUAAAACAAUUGCAUUGUGAAAGCCAACUUUAGACUGAUAUAGUUAAAAUUCGAUUAACGGUUCUUAGAAAUUGGGCCUAUUAUUGACCUGUUUGCACUGCCUUAGCUUGAUCGUUAUUGGGACAUUAGUCUAGGGAACAUUCCGGCGGAAUGGCUUUUUUCCGUCGGCUCGUCAGAAGGUCAAAGGGGGACAAAUGCUCCGAGAUCAACUACUUCGACACCCCCACUCUCACUGGGCGGGGCAAACAUGGAGGCGGCAAGCACGGGGGAGACAAGAGCGAGCCCCUGGCGGCACUCUACCCCAACUACCGCAACGUGUUCUUCUCCCGCCUGGACCAGGACUUCACGCCCGUGAUGGAGCUGCCCAAGACAUUCCGCAUCGCCCUUCCAAGCGGACAGCUCAUAUCUCGCCCCUUCCCAAACAACACCUCUGUUUACGAAGUGGUUUCGCGGCUGGCGAGCGAGUACGAGUUCGACCCCACCCGAGUUGUCGUCACUCACAAGGGGGACGAACUGCCCCCUGCGGCUGUGUUGCUCGCAGACAUAUCACCCGAUGGCACUCUCCGGCUGUCCUUCCGAAAACACAAAGGGAACACGCGGGCGGGCGGCAACGGGACAAACAGCGCGGCAAACAAGUAUAACACAGCGCCACAGAAGCACAUGCAGCAUGAAAUGAACAACAACCACGGUGGGUACUCGACCGAGAAGACUUCAAAGAAAGCUCUCGGUGCAUCCACCGACAACGCCCCCUCCGAAGGCAAACCAGUGGGACCACCUCAACAGGUGAAAGUUGACGUCACGAUUCCCGAGCUGAACAACAAAAUGGUCAUCAGAAUCAGUCCUCUCUUAACAUGCAGAGAUUUAUUGAACAUCGUCUGCCAUAACAAGAAGUUAGAUAAGAGUCAACGGGAGAUCCGAUUGGCCAAUGGACCUGCUCCGAAUGUGGCGUCGUCCUCGCAGCCAAUCAACGACAUCUCACGACUGGUUGUAACUGUCGGAGUUUCCUUUGUCGUGUGUCAAGCCUCCCGCAGUAUCAAUGGCCCCCUUGCAAAUGGCAGUGAACAUCAGCUUCAUAUGAGUACACCCCAAUCCCACUCCAAUACCCUCGGACUCCCAACAUCAUCAGGAGCAGCAGCAACAGGACGCAGACUGGAGAUGUCCGCGCCCUCGACUCCACUUUACGGGACCAAGGAGAAGAAGAAACGAUUGUCCUUUUUUGGCCUCAUGAAAGGCAAGAGUCGCAACAAGAACGACGACAUAUACGCUAGUGGUCCGUUCGACCCUUUCUCCAACAGUCCCGCUACUACCUCCUCUCCGAUCCAAGUGGGGGAACUGAGAAAGAAACUCCAACACAGUCCAUCACUUGAUGGAGUGCUGGACGAGCCGUUUUCGACCUCCCUCCGAGAGACCCCCUCUCGACCCCUCCCCCUUCAGCAUAGUACUCAUUUCGGGGGCAGUGAUUUUGACAUCACUACUUCCUCGUCUACACGGGUGGGAGCUGGAGGAGUAAAUGACGUCAGUUCGUCUAUGAUUGAUCACACGAUUCUGCCGACGGUUCUGAGUCACCCGACAACCAACACCAGUUCCUCCUCUAAUUUGCAAUCUUUUGCUCCGAUGUCCAAACAUCGAAGCGCUGAAAACGUGUCAUCUGCUAUCAACGGCAUUCAAAAAUCCUCUCCGACUUCGCCCGAAGGCAAAGAAGUCGGGACGAACAGCCGAAUCAACUCAAAUGACGACGAAGACGCGAAUUCCGACUUCAGCGGAGGCUUCAACAUGGCCGAUGUUAAAAUAUACGAAGAUUUGCCAUCUCCUUCGUCUAAUUUUGAUCCUACUGAAAGUGCAGGUAACUCGCCCCACACCCCCGCCGGACUCGUCCCGGCAACAGGGGCGAGAAAAGACAUUCGACUUAGAAAGCGACAGCCGAAUGGAGCAUCGAUGGGUCUGGCGCGGUCUAACUUGAGAGUGAUGUCCUAUUCUUCAACCCCUGACAUUGUUACUGACGUUGAAAGAAAUUUCGACUCCUACGAUCAGCAUAAAAAUUCAAGUCUCAAAUUUGAGGGAAGACACGGCGACGACUACGAUUUAACACUGUCAUCUGACCUGCUGUUAGGCCCCUCCUCCUCCCCCCGCACUUCGGUGCCUCGGAAACUAGCCGAGCCAGGGGGCAGUGUGGGUCUGAGCGGGGGACCUCCCAGACGAAAAGCGCCCCCACCCCCUCCUAAGAAAACAGCCACAUUGUCGGGGGAGGAUAUUUACGGUGUUAACAGUAACGGAUUAUCUGUUGAAUCUAUGUCGGAGCUAUCCGCGGACCCGCCUGCAAUCCCGAAACGAAUGGCUCUCGGCAAUCAAGUCGACACUUUCAGUAAGUACACGCCACAGCCACUUCCUCGAGUGUCCUCGUUGCAAACCGCUCGAGGCGAGUUACCUCCAAGUGUUGUCAAAAUUAGACAACGUCAUCAAAACGAAAACAGUGGAAGAGCGGUGGACUCGAACCGACGCCAAACGAUCGGCGGAUCGUCUGUUUACCCGUCUCAAAAAAACGAAGAUAUGAAUUAUGGGGAAGGGCAAGAAAGUGAACUGGUAAUUCCGCGCCCUCCCCACGAAACGCCUCCGUCGGCGAGGGGACUGAGGUCAAAGCGUCGUCCGUUGUCGACAUGUGAGUCCGUUUGUUCGUGUGUGCAUUCCGGGUAUGCCUCCAGCGUGGCUGGGAGAGGCGGUGGAGAGGGAUCAAAUGUGGACUUGUGCUCCCAGUGCUGCUCCUGUCGCAGUUCGAAUAUUACUCUAUUGGCAGAAAACGACAAUGACAACAUGUCUGACGUCAUCAGCAUCCGAUCGGAGACUUCGAGUCUCGAUCACUUCGGAGUGGAGAUGGAUAACAUGGUAGCCAUGGCUGAAUUUGCACUCUCAGAUCCGAAUUUGAAUCUCAAAAUGGAAGACCUGGAUAGCCAUUCACCCCUGGACAGUACGACCCUGGAUAGCAAUAUGAAGUAUAACACAGUGCAGACCUGGCGACAGGGUGUGGCCGCCGGGGGAGGGGUCGGGGGUAGCAGCGUGUCUCUUGCAACUACUGCUUCCAGUGGUCAAGCCACUCCAAAAGCGGUUACUCCCGUGAAUAUGAGUAGAGAGAAUUUUGGACUCCCUGAUUUUCAAAGAUGCACUCCUGGUGAACUGAAAUCUGUGUACGAAUCGCUUGUGCAGCGCCUCGACGAGGUGAAGUCACAACUUGUCCUGGUCGGCGAAUGCGAUUGGCUGACUCAAUAUGGCCAAUCAAAAUCAGUUCAGACUGAAGAUAACAAAGAUGUCGGCAAUAUGAAUUCAAUUGAACCUCCUCCUAAAUUUACAGACAAUGAGAACACUUCAGCAGAAGCGAGUCGUGAAGGUACCAGGAGGUCGAAACCCGCUCGAAAACGAACAAAAUCUAAAGAACGGUUGUCGAAAGAAUUCGAUGAGUAUCGCAUUAAGCCGAAAGAAUCGGAAAGCGAAGAAAUAGACGAAAAUGUAGAAGUUGCAGUGAAGAAACCUGUCAAUCAGCAAAGUAAAUGGAGACCAAUCGAAUCUUUCAAAGCCAAAUCCAGCCAAAAACAUUGUUCGAAUGGUGAAACUGAAAUAAAUAUCGAUGACGUAAUGAAAGCUCCAAGUAAGAACGAAGAAGAGCUUGCUUUGUAUGUUCCAGAACCGAACGAUCAAGACUUUUACAUCUCGUUUGGGAACCCCUCGCCAACUGCUAACUCGCCUAAGUUACGAUCGAAGACAAAUCAACCUAAUAAUUCGGUUGGUUCGCCAAAAUUUGUUAAAAAGAGUAAACUGAAAUCGGUCGGCAGUAUGGACAAUCUUUCUCGACCCUCAAGUGCUAAAAAGUAUGCGGCUCCGAAACCUCCAAGAACUCGUAGCGUAUCAAACUUGGAGGCGAGAUCGCUAAAUUCGACUCUUGAUGGAUCCGCAGUCGAAGGUAUCGAGUCGGUUAACAGUUCGAUGGCCGUCGAGACAGACGAUGAGAGCGCCGCGUUGACUAAGGAACGCGUAGACGAGCCGAACGAGAAGUCGCCCAACAAAAUAGUUCCAGGUGCAGUAAAGGCGAAGCGCGCUCUCUUUGAAGCAUACAAUGAUACGAACUUGAGCAACUUUAGAGUGAGGAAAUCGCACGAUUGUUCAAGUAGUCGAAGUGGCGAUAAUCAGAAAAUGAUGAAGGCUGCGUCUACUAGUGACCUUGUAUGGGCAAUGAGUGAAGAAAUGCCGAAAGUGGUAUCUCGCUACAAGAAAAAACAGGGCCCAAAAUACAAUCCGAGAACAGGGGAGGGCCUCACGGAUUCGGCCACUGUCGGCAGACCCAUUCGCAAUUUACCCUCUCGACCCGAGGCACCCGACGACGACACGAACGAAGAUGGGGAGUCUGCGGUCGGGAGCUCGGACUCGGAUGGGAAGGGAGUUAGCUCAACACGCAAGAAAUUCGUUCCUUCAAGUGAUCAACGUAAACCAGUGGUGAAGAACUUCGGCUCCAAAAUGAACCAUCUUUUGUAGAUUUAAUUAACAAAAUGGACAACAGUAAGAGCUAGAGCUUGAUUGGGCUAAGUUGAUGCAUUCGGGCUCCGAGGGAUGUGUUUGAACCACUCAGCCGAAAUAAACUGUGAUAGAUUUUGUACAAUAAUUUUAAUUUGUUUAAAUUUGUCAGUUUGCAAUUUGUAAUUGAUUUUAUGCCUUAA